CCACGUCCCUCUCCUCCUCCACGUCCCUCUCCACCUCCACCUCCCUCUCCUCCUCCACGUCCCUCUCCACCUCCACCUCCCUCUCCACCUCCACGUCCCUCUCCCCCUCCACGUCCCUCUCCUCCUCCACGUCCCUCUCCACCUCCACGUCCCUCUCCACCUCCACGUCCCUCUCCACCUCCUCGUCCCUCUCCACCUCCACGUCCCUCUCCUCCUCCCUCUCCACCUCCACCUCCCUCUCCUCCUCCACGUCCCUCUCCUCCUCCACGUCCCUCUCCACCUCCACGUCCCUCUCCUCCUCCACAUCCCUCUCCACCUCCCUCUCCACCUCCACGUCCCUCUCCACCUCCACGUCCCUCUCCUCCUCCACGUCACUCUCCUCCUCCACGUCCCUCUCCACCUCCCUCUCCACCUCCACGUCCCUCUCCUCCUCCACGUCCCUCUCCUCCUCCACCUCCCUCUCCACCUCCCUCUCCUCCUCCACAUCCCUCUCCACCUCCCUCUCCACCUCCACGUCCCUCUCCACCUCCACGUCCCUCUCCUCCUCCACGUCCCUCUCCUCCUCCACGUCCCUCUCCACCUCCACGUCCCUCUCCACCUCCACGUCCCUCUCCUCCUCCACGUCCCUCUCCACCUCCACGUCCCUCUCCUCCUCCACAUCCCUCUCCUCCUCCACCUCCCUCUCCUCCUCCACGUCCCUCUCCACCUCCUCUCCACCUCCACGUCCCCUCUCCACCUCCACGUCCCUCUCCACCUCCACGUCCCUCUCCUCCUCCACGUCCCUCUCCUCCUCCACGUCCCUCUCCUCCUCCACGUCCCUCUCCUCCUCCACGUCCCUCUCCACCUCCACGUCCCUCUCCUCCUCCUCCACGUCCCUCUCCACCUCCACGUCCCUCUCCACCUCCACGUCCCUCUCCACCUCCACGUCCCUCUCCUCCUCCACGUCCCUCUCCUCCUCCACCUCCCUCUCCACCUCCCUCUCCUCCUCCACGUCCCUCUCCACCUCCCUCUCCUCCUCCACGUCCCUCUCCACCUCCACGUCCCUCUCCA